AUGGCCCGCCAUCGUGUCUUCUCUUUCAUGUCCGCUUUGUCCACUCCGUCCCGCAAAAAUGAGAAGCGCAAACGAUCGGUUUCGACUGCCAGUGCCCCGGCCCGGGCCCCGUCGACGUUGGAUUCGUCCUUGGACACACCUUCUCCUCAUUCAGGAAAGACAGCCAUGCCAUUUGUGCGACCUGAAAGCAAUACAUCACGUCCUGCGUCCAUGGCCUUCGCCUACAACCCCCCGACUGUGGACGUUGCGGGGGACACUAUACCAGAGCUACAGCCCAUCCUCACCUUUCUGAAUAGCCAUGCAAAUAAACUGUAUCACGAGGGUUAUUUCCUGAAGCUGAACGAUCUGGAUAAUAAUGGGCGGCAAUGUCCUAAUCGACGAUGGGUGGAAUGCUACGCACAGCUUAUUGGGACUGUUCUCUCACUAUGGGACGCUGCUGCGCUGGACGCAGCUGGUGAGAAUGGAGAGGUUCCUCCCACGUUUAUAAACCUGGCAGAUGCCUCCAUCACGAUGGUUGAAUCGCUGCCCACAAGACAAGACGGGAGAGAUUCCAUAUCUAACGUCUUGAUCGUCUCCUCUGCGGGUAACAACCGGUAUUUGUUUCACUUCAAUUCUUUCCACUCAUUAACCCAGUGGACGGCCGCAUUACGCUUGGCCAUCUUCGAACGUACAUCCCUAUACGAAGCAUAUACAGGCGCUAUAGUUGCCGGGAAAGGAAAAGUUCUUAACAGCAUCAGGACUAUCACGGAACGUCGUCUGGUCAAGUUCGAGGAUUGGGGCCGCGUGAGAUUCGGUCCAGGCAUGCCCUGGAGGCGAUGCUGGAUUGUUGUCAACCCCCCUGAUGAGAAGGAAAUCCGGAAAUUGCAAAAGUCGGGAAAGAAGAAGUCCGCGUAUGAUCGAUCUUCCCCUCUGGCCAAGGGGAACAUCCAAUUCUACGAAACCAAGAAGACCAAGAAAGCGCAGCCCCUUGCCACUGUCACCGAUGCCUACUCAGCUUAUGCGAUUUAUCCUCAGUCGAAAUCUCUCAUAGACCAGUCGUCUCUGGUCAAAAUUGAGGGGCAAGUUAUCAAUCAUAUGGUGCCGGAGUCAUCUCACGAGAAUUUCGUUUUUGUUAUGCCUGAGGUGCAUCCUGCUGUGUCCGGCUUUGAGAUCAUGCUUCGAUUCCUCUUUCCCACGUUCGACACGUUCGGCCUCUAUGGCCGGCCCACACGACUUCUGGCAGAGACGAACCACAUUAAAAGUCUUAUGUUCGCCUUUCCCAGGCGUCGACGGCACGGGUACCUGGAUAUCCUGGAUGUCGUGAACCUGAUCAACACCCCUGAAAGCCAGAGGUGGUCUACAGCAGAGUGGUGGAAACAACUUAAGGAGGCAACUUCUCGCCGAAUGGCCGCUUCCAGUAGUAGCACAAGCAGUAUUUCUGGAAGUAGCAGGACUCCGCGUUAUAGGUCCGGCACAGUGGUUCGACACGCCCACUUCAGCGCUGAGUCUUCUCGCCUCCCCGAGUCUACGGAUUCCAUUGUCCAAGAUCAGCAGAGAGAGCAACUCUGGACCCUGCCUCAUGUCACAGAUUCUCCUUCACAGGUUUCUCCAGUCUCGCCAAUUGACAGUCAGUUAAAUUUCGAUACGGAGCCUGCCACGACGAAUGGUGUCAACGAGCGGAACAAUUCUGACAGCACUGGGGAGCAAUUUGAAACUCAGCAGACUGAAGCAACGAAGGAACAGAACUGGCAUGCUUCUGUUCCAUCUUCUGUGGAUGCCCCGCCUGAUUUCACCCAUAAUUCAGGAGAGACGCCUCAAGUACGACCACAGCCUUCUCCCGAGGUGAAAAAGGCAAAUCGAAUGUCCAUGGGCACUCUAACUUUGCUCACUGCACCGGCGAAUGCCAGCGAUCUCCGUCCGGUGGAAGAAGGUCCCCAAACCACCGAAUCAGACGAGCAAGACCUAAAAGAAACUGCUGCUGCUGCCCUAAAGUAUUCGGAGCGUUACGAUUCUCGUGCCUUGAGGAACGGGACAAUUGCUGCCGGCGGCACAGCGGGUCCGUCAUCAUAUACUAGUGGAGUCGCUUCUCCGAUAAAUAACGGCAAAUUGGUGAAACGGAAACCUCUUCCCGAGCCGCGACAGGAAGAGGAUCAAUCCGAGACCGAACCUACUUGGGAAGACCUCCGUCAUAUUGUUGAUGAAGUUGUACUGGAGCACGUUCGCGCAAGUCCAGCAUUGCACCCUUCUUAUGAUAAGGGCAAGGACGAUAGUUCAGAUGAGAAGAGUGUGUACGAUCGGGAUGAUGACGAAGGCGAAGACGGCCAAUCGGCGGCGUCUCCUGACUAUGCGAGCUCUGUCGCCAGCGAACAGUCCGAGAAAUCUACGAGCAAACCGAGAAUGGGAGUGCUGAAAACAGUUGGCAUGGAACCGAAGAAGGAUUUAAUGAUUGGAGACGGUCGCUACAAUAUCGACAAACCAGCGGAGGAAACUCCAGAUAUACCCACCGUUGACUUUGGACCAACUUUGUCAGUUCUGCCCACCACCGGACGGCCUUCAACAUCAGACGCGUUAAAGAGCUUAUCCGAUCCGAGGAAGAACUCGAGUGCGACAGGCAGAAGAAGCCGGUCACUUGGUAACGCAUUGGAUUUUAGUUCCCAGUCGAGGUCUCCAAGUGGAGAUGAGGUUCGAAGAAGCAUGCUAUGGCAGCCUGGUAUUGCAACUGCGCGUCCUGCGAGCUCUGCCACUGGCAUCACCCCAGAACAGUUCGUUCAACAACGACUGGCGGCAAAUUCACCGGUUCCUAUGCAUCGCAGGUCUCCUUCCAUGACCCCAUCACCGCCUCCACAGAGGGUAUCUGAGGAACGGAGACGUCAUUCUCGCUCUAACUCAUAUUUUGGCCUUGGUCAUGAUUCUGCGCCACGUUCCUCAUCGCUCUCAGGAUCACGCACCUCAUCACGGGAUAUCUCCCGCCCUCAUUCGCGCGGUGCCAGCACCGUUCUGGGUUAUAAUGACAUUUCAUCCCAUCUUUCCGCUCGAGAGCAGGAACACGUAGCCCGCAUGACAGGCUCGGCGUUCUUCAACAUGUCCAGUGAAAACAAAAAGCAGCCUCCACCAGUCGAUCGUAACGGACUCGUGAGUGCCAUCGAUGUCCGUGAACGGGAGAGACAGGAAAUGAAAGAGGGGUGGUCGAACCAGAUGGUGCAAUACGCCAUUACCCAGAGGCAACAGCAACUUCUGCAGCAGCAGCAACAGCAACAGUUUGUACAGGAAGAAAACCCUAGCCAAAUGUAUGGAUACCAGCAGCACAAUCGUAUGUACAGUCUCCCGGCGGCGAAUCGUACCUGGGACGCUUUUAGCCAAUUCAACCGGGUCGAUGAACCAAGACGCCAAUCGUGGUACGGACAGUUCACGCCUACAUCUCAGCAGUCCCAGAUACCGUCAGCUCCGCCUUAUGGAUAUCCGGGUCAGUAUUACAAUCAGAAUCCAUCCAGAAGUGGUUACUUUUGA